CGGUUUGUGACGUAUUAGGUAGGUGCCGAGGCGUCCGGCGGUCGGCCGGGCAGGUUGUGAGAGAUGGCGGAGUAUCUGGCCUCCAUCUUCGGAACCGAAAAAGACAAAGUCAACUGUUCUUUUUAUUUCAAAAUUGGAGCAUGCCGCCAUGGAGACCGAUGUUCUCGAUUGCACAACAAACCAACUUUUAGCCAGACCAUUGCCCUCUUGAACAUUUACCGUAACCCUCAAAACUCUUCCCAGUCUGCUGACGGUUUGCGCUGUGCUGUGAGCGAUGUUGAAAUGCAGGAACAUUAUGAUGAAUUCUUUGAGGAGGUCUUUACAGAAAUGGAAGAAAAAUAUGGUGAAGUAGAAGAGAUGAAUGUCUGUGAUAACCUUGGAGAUCAUCUGGUUGGAAACGUAUAUGUAAAGUUUCGACGUGAAGAAGAUGCAGAAAAGGCUGUGAUUGACCUGAACAACCGGUGGUUUAAUGGGCAGCCAAUUCAUGCUGAGCUUUCUCCUGUGACAGAUUUCAGAGAAGCUUGCUGCCGCCAGUAUGAAAUGGGGGAGUGUACACGAGGAGGUUUCUGUAACUUUAUGCAUUUGAAACCCAUUUCUCGAGAAUUACGACGUGAACUGUAUGGCCGCCGCCGUAAGAAGCAUAGAUCUAGGUCAAGGUCCCGUGAGCGUCGUUCUAGAUCCAGAGAUCGUGGUCGUGGAGGAGGAGGUGGUGGAGGUGGAGGAGGUGGAGGCCGAGAGCGUGAUAGAAGGCGGUCAAGAGAUCGUGAAAGAUCUGGACGAUUCUGAGCCAUGCUGUUUCUACCUUGUCUGUUAGAAAGUGUUGUAGUUGAUUGACCAAACAAGUUCAUAAUGGAAAUUUUUUAAAAAGAUGGGCUUCUGAAUAAAAAUUUGUAGUGAUACAGUU